AUGACUGCAAACUCAUCUACAAACAACCCUCCUCCUUACAGUGCCGACACGUCACUCUGCAUCUUUCUUGACAAUGGUGGAGGACAGCUUCUCCCAGAUCAUCCAUUUUAUCAGCUGGUAGACGAAACUCGGCAAGGUUUUCUUUCUUCCGGGGACACUCUGGAGUACAUGGCAAACUCCACUUUCGUAGACAAUCCUACGUCACAGUCACAGCUCGCGAGAGUGGAUGAAAUUCGGGGCCUUCUUCGGUACAACUGUCCGGUGAUUGUUAGUAGUAAAUCAGCGGCCAUCGGUGGCGGGCUCCCUCAUGAUGGUCCCAAUAUUAUCGAGAAGGUGGCGGGCAGGAAGCACAUCUAUCUUGAUCAGGACAUGAUCGAUCACCUUCUCAAGUUUCUCUUGAAACUCAUCCUCCUGCGCGAAUUGACCAUCGCUUCCUGGUUGACAUACGGCAUCCAGAAAUCUGACGCCGUUCGGGGGAACGAAAGAUCUAGUACACCAUUCACGCAGCCUACAGACGUCUUCGUGUCAGGUGCGAAGUGUCGAGAUCUUUGGUCCGUUCUGUUUCUUAACGAUGAAGGAGGGUAUCUCGAGGUGCCAGCAUUCGAUACACCUAUUUUGCGAAAGUUAGCUUCGGGUGACUGGUCUGUGUUUCAGCGAGAUGUGAUCACGAGCAUGGGACCGUACCGUGGUAGAACGUUAGCACUCAAUGCAGUUCUCGCGAGGGGUACAGGAAUAGUCCGAAUCUCCGCUACUCCUCGACGCACAGAUCAUCUUGCAGACCUAAACACGCCAGGUUUUAGGGUAAGUGUGAGGCGAAAAAUCGUUAUGGGAAUGCAAACGGGAUGA